UUGCAUGGGGCGUACCCGCUAGUGGAAUGCGCGCACCCGCUGUCCAUCUCAUAACUGCUGUCCAGCCUAAUUGGAGGACACUGCUGAUGUAGCCGAGUAAAUGGGAAUACUGGGGGCGCGUCUUUGAGCUUGUUCUGCGGCAGUUGGAAAGUGGAGCAAAGUGCGCACUCCUUUUCCUCAGGAGCAAAACUCUGCGUUGCUUUUUCACUCAUUACAAGUUGAUGUUUACCCGCAGCUGACUGGAGAAUGUUCUCAUUUAUAGCAGCGCAGAAAGACGGAUUCUCCAGAGGCUUCUGUAAGAGUAACAGUCAUGUAUGCAGGACGCAAGAGGAGAAAACCCGUUCAGAGAGUGGUGAAGCAACCACCAACUGAGGGAUCCAAGUCCAAUCCAUCUAAACGACAUAGAGACAGGCUAAACGGGGAGCUGGAGCAGCUGGCCAGUCUGCUGCCGUUCCCUGAAGAGGUGACCGCCAGUCUGGAUAAACUGUCCAUCCUCCGCCUAAGUGUCAGCUACCUACGAGCCAAGAGUUUCUUCUCUGUUGCCCUGAACAAUCGAAAUGGAAUGAAGGAUGGUCACAAUAAUACCAAGAUCCCCGAGGGUGAGCUUCUGCUGCAGGCUCUCAAUGGAUUCAUCCUGGUUAUCACUGCCAGUGGGACCAUCUUCUACUCCUCUCACACCAUUCAGGACUACCUGGGCUUCCAUCAGACUGAUGUCAUGCACCAGAGUGUGUAUGAACUGGUCCACACGGAGGACCAGCAGGAGCUCAGAAGAAACCUGGACUGGGCUUUGAAUCCUCCUGCUCCAACAUCCCCCAAAGAGAUGGAAUUUGACAGUAGCUCAUCUGUGGUCUCCUACAACCCGGAACACCUGCCUCCGGAGAACUCGUCCUUCCUGGAGAGAAGCUUUGUGUGUCGCUUUCGCUGCCUCUUGGACAACUCUUCUGGUUUUCUGGCUUUGAAUAUCCAGGGAAGGCUGAAGUUCUUGCAUGGGCAGAACCAGUGGCAAGAAAACGGAGGGAAAGCUGCACCGCUGCUUGCAUUAUUCGCUAUUGCGACUCCUCUUCAGCCUCCAUCCAUUCUAGAGAUCAGAACCAAGAACAUGAUCUUUAGAACCAAACACAAGCUGGACUUCACCCCCAUGGCCUGUGACGCAAAGGGGAAGAUAGUGCUGGGGUACACGGAGGCUGAGUUGCGGGUGAGGGGCUCUGGCUAUCAGUUCAUCCACGCCGCAGAUAUGUUGUACUGUGCAGAGAACCAUGUCAGAAUGAUGAAGACUGGAGAGAGUGGUCUGACUGUGUUCAGACUCCUGACUAAGGAAAACCAGUGGAAGUGGGUCCAGGCCAAUGCCCGGCUGGUGUAUAAGAAUGGGAAACCAGAUUACAUCAUCGCCACCCAGAGGCCUCUUUUAGAUGAAGAAGGAGGAGAACAUUUGCGUAAGCGUUCUAUGCAUCUACCCUUUACGUAUGCUACAGGAGAAGCCCUGCUCUAUCAGUCCAAUCAUCCCAUCGCAGGCUUUAGAGAUGGAAGCUGUGUAAAAAAUUUUAGCAAGUCAAAGAAGAACCGGACUGAUAAGCUGCUGACGGAUGGUCUGGACCCGGGCUCCCUUCUUGGGGCACUCAUGAGUCAGGAUGAGUCUGUGUAUGUUUGCCAGCCAGCUGUGGAGCCCAAACUGUCAUUUCACAGCAGCUUCUUUGCAGAGCACAUUAGUUUCUCUGAAGGUGAACCCUCCAGCCUGCACAGAAGCUGGAAUGAACCUGCUAAUGGUGUUGUAGGUUCAGGUAUCACAGAACCAGGUACCAGCUUUGACCCACUGCUGGCUACUUUGGACUCGCUCUCUUUGGAGGGCCAGGGGGUUAUGGAUGCAGAAGAGAGGAGUUACUCAAACAGCGAGCUGUUUGGAGCUCUGGAAGGGCUGGGCCUGAGUGCUGAGGACCUGGAGUUGCUGCUGCUAGAUGAGCGUAUGAUCAGAGUUGAGAUGGACCCUGAGCACGUGCCCACUUUGGAUGAUCUGCUGACAAACGAUGAGAUUCUCUCUUAUAUCUAUGACUCGAUAGAAGGAAGGACUGAUUCCACAGUACAUGGAGGACAGGUGCCUCCUAGCACUACCACAGCAACCUCCACACCAGUUUCAUUAUCAGAAAAUAAUCUUGAUACUAGUGUGCAAAUGCAGUUUCGUCCCUCCAAGCCUCCAAUAAUGGAGCACACUCCCAUUGUCCAGCUAUCCCAGCAGAUGCAACAGCAUCUCAACAUGCGAACCACUAAAGUACCACCUAACUGGGGCCAGCAGAGUGACCAUUUCCCCCACAGGAUAGUAAAUGGAGAGCUGCUGGGGCAAAAUCAGUCUAUUGGCAAUGGACAAUGGACAGCCCAAGACAUUCUAGUCCCAGCAGAGAUAGAGUUGAAACAACUGACCACACAACAGACUACUUUCACUGACAAGGCCUCAAACUUAAAUAGCAAGCUUCACCAACACUACCUUCAGCAGGAGCAGCAACCAAGGACCCAGAAGCAGCUCUCACAACAGUGCCAUGCCAAACAGACAGCAGCAAACCUUGACGGGCGAUGUGGUCUGUCGAGCCCAGAGCAUUCAGCAGAAAAAAUGCCAUGGCAGAACUACAGCUUCAGCGAAAACCUGGGCAGCAGUUUCUGCAUCGAUAACAGCCAAAACGCUCUUACAAACACCUCACUGGAGUCUUGCAGUGAUUAUAACAAACCCACUAUGGACAGUGUGGAUUACACAGUCAGUGGAAGUGGUUUGCUUGAGAGAAGUGCAGAGCAGCAGGGCGCUGAGUGCACAGUUGCAUCUUUUCGUGGAAUGAACCACAAAAGCCACACAGAGGAGAUCCCGGGCCCCUUGUUCGAGGUCAUCUCCAGUCUGUCGCAGUGCCCUCCCUCCACUAGCUCCCUGGAGCAGAUUCUAAGAGUGGGUAAGCCCUGCUGUCAGCUUGACCACUUUGGCAUGGUGACCUCUGAGAUCCUUGAUGACCCCAGUCACAGCAAGAUGGAAAAUGGCUGCGUGCUAAACAGUACUUACCCAGGAGGUUGUGCCCUGCCUAACAGGAAUGGAUCUGUGCCUCCUACUAUCCAGGUACCCAGCCCUGAGACUUUGCCUACACUUCCGGACCCACCAGCCACCGGCUUCUACCUCUGACCAUCUGACCAGGGACAGUCAUGUAGCAGGACACUGUGAAUGGCCAGAAACAUACAGUGACUGGACCAGCCUUAUACAGCUACACACUACAACAAACAAAGCUGAAGAAACGUAGGCCGACAUCUGUGUUGUCUGUUUUUGUCCUUUCAUUUUGACUUUGUAAUGUUGUGUCAGGGGAGGGGAUCACCGAGUUAUAGUUUAAGUCAUAUUAUCAUAUGAGUUCUUUGUUUACACUAAUGCAGUUAAAAGCGCUUAGCUUGUUUUAAGUAAAUAUGAAUCAUUGGAGGCUGGCUUUUAGAAAUCUGCAUUCAGAUACAUUGUAAAACCAACGUGUUCUCGUCCCAGGACAUCAGAUUCUGCUGCGCUGUCUUGGCAUUGUUACUUUAAUGCACCAGCAUGGCUUUGUUAGACACAGACACCGACAACCGAGAAAUCUGUUUUCAAGAGGAAUUUACAAGUUAGCCAGCCAGGAGUCUGUGGUUUAUGUCCUCUCAAGGAGUUCUGUAUUUUGCACUUUCAUUACAGUCAGUGAUUCUUUGCCUAUUUGUUUCAUACAGAUUAUUCAGAUUGAAUCUACAUUUAAAUGGACCAAGAAUUUGGCCACAUCUCCUAAUCUUAGAAUUCAGGUGUUUUCAGCCCCAUUUCCAGGGGUGUAUAAAAUAAAGCACCUAUCCAUGCAGUCUGUCUUUACAACCAUUUAUGAAAGAAUGGGUCAUUAUAAGGAGCUCACAGAAUUUCUGCAUGGCACUGUAAUAGGAUGCUACUACUGCAGCAAGUCGGUUAGUGCAAUUUCUUCCCUCCUUCCUACAUAUACUUUAUAAUCAAUUUUAAGGAGUAUUAUUAUUAUUAAGUGGAAGCUUUUAGCAGCCAGAGUAGCUCAGCCACUAAUGUGCCGUUACAAUGCUAAGGCAUACAAUGUGUAAAAAUGUAAAGUCACUGAUUUGCUUACUCAGUAACUAUGGAGGUCCAAACCUCUGGCAUUAAUGUAAGCACAAAAACUGUGGCAUGUGUUUCCAUGGCUCCUGUAGGCUUAAUGUGUAGGUGCUCCAGUGUUACAGUAGCCAUGUAGAGUCUGUUAUGUAAAAAAGGUCUGAUCCAUCCAUCUAUCCAUCCAUUUUCUGCCCAUCUCUGCCCAGACCACCCUCCUCCAGCACCUCAAUUCAAUUUUAUUUAUACAUCCCCAAAUCACAACAACAUUCAAGUCAGUGCACUUUAUACUGUAACGUAGACCCUACAAUAAUGCAACAGAGAAAUCCCCAACAAUCAUAUGGCCCCCUACAAGCAAGCGCUUUGGCAACAGUGGGAAGGAAAAACUCCCUUUUAACAGGAAGAAACCUCCAGCAGAAUCAGGCUCGGGGGGGGUGGCUUCCUUCAGAGAAAGCUCAUUUCUAUAUUGUAUCUGCAACCUCAUUCUUACGGUCACUACCCAGAGCUUGUGACUCAGGUGAACAUAAGGGCGUAGCUAUAAUUCAACAGCUUUGCUUUUACACUCAGCUUUCCCCUUACCAUCACAGACCAGUACAGCAUCUGCAUCACUGCAGAUGCUUCUCGAACCUGUCGAUCCAAUCUCUUGGUCCACACCCCCCUAAAUCAUGAACAAGACCCCAAGAUCUGUAACUGCUCUACCAGGGGUAGUAGUAGUAACUCGUUCCCAACCCAGAGAGCCCUUUUCAGUCUGAGGACCAUGGUCUUGAAUUUUGAAACACCAUUUCUUAUCCCAGUUUCAUCACACUUGGUUGUGAACCACCCCAGUGUGAGUUGGAGAAUCUCAAGAUCCUGUGACCACCACACCAGACCUCCUCUUGGCUGCACCUAGAAAUUUCAUCUAUGGAAAUUUGUGACAAACAACAGCAGUCCCUUUGUUCAACAGUCACAAAGAACGAGUCUAACUUAUUGCCAACAAUGUGAACCGGGCUCUGGUAAUGGUUGUACUGGUUAGGCCACAGCAAUGGGCCUGAUACCAUAUACUCCCAAAGCACCUCAACAGGACACACAGUUGAAUGAAGUCCGCAAAACUCAUGUAGACUGUUUGGGAACUCCCAUUCAUCCUCAUAUAUCCUUGAGGAAAAAAAGAGCUGAUCCAGUGUUCCACGAACAGGAUGAAAACCACCCCGUUCCUCAUGAAUCUAAGGUUCUACUAACAGGCAGAUGAAAUACCCAGACUGAGGCUGAGAAGAAUGAGCAUCCAAAAGUUGGACCACACUUUGUGGACCCAAUCCUUGAAGAGGGGAACCACCACCACCCCAGUCUCCCAGGCCAGAGGCACUGUCUCUGACUGCAACACAAUGUUGCAGAGGUGUGUCAGCUAUGACAGCACCACAACAGAGCCCGAGCCUUGACAAACUACCUCAGUGACCAUAAUCCCAGUCUUCUUAUACUACAAGAAGCCAUGAUUGAGGAGAUUCUUUGAUGUGUUCGUUCAACUGUCCUCUGUUGAGGUCAGCAUCCCCACUAUAGUCCCAUCCCCAUUAUAUACAGUGUGGAAGGAAACUGCUUUCCCCUGACAGCUUGCCAGGCCAACUGAAAGGCUUCUUCCAUGGCCUCUCUUCUCCCAUACCUGAGUUUUUGCCUUGGCUACUGUCAGAGCUGCACUCUGCUUGGCCUGCUGGUACAGCUGUUCCAUGUACUCAAAAGCAGUUUCAGUAACCAGGGCUCAGACCCCCACAUCCUUCAUCUUCUGUCUAAUCUAUGAUUCCUGUGUUGUAGAAUGCACAAUCAGACAGGUUUUAUAUCAUCUGUAUGAAUGUAGGAAAAGCUAGAGGAGCUCUGGAAACUUUUAUAACUCUGAUAAAUGCAGUUCUUUUCUGGUGAUAUGUUUAUUGUUUUGUGGGAUCUUUCCUAAUGUGACUAUGCUUUGUUUUGCUUUGUAUCUGAAUGCACCAUACAAACGCGUGAUUACAGGUGUUGGUAGAGUUAACAGUUUUGCUCAUGCUACAGGAAUGUACUUGUUCAGUGUUUAUUGAUUUCUUUGUUGAAUGAUUUUCAACAAUGAGAUUAAUCCAAAUACAUUUGAAAAAAAAGUAUAGAACAUGAAAAUUAUUCCUAGAACUAUCCUGCACUUUAUUUCUUCAACCCACUUAAUGCACAUUGGUAGUCAAGGACACUGGGGGGUGGAAAACCCUGAUUUAUGAUUUAUGGGGUUCUUCCCAUUUAGACAUGGUCUUGUUUUGCAGUACACUUCAAGUGAUGAGUCCUCACAAGCACAAACAUGUCAUGUUAGUGUAAUCAUUUUUAUUUUUCUCCACUUGAAUUGUUUUUCUCUUGUUGAUUAUGUUGACAUUGAAUUUUGAACCUCUCAAAGAUUCGUUUUUUUAUAUGUGGUCACUGUUACAAGUUUACCUGACUCAUUUGGAAGAAACCCCUUGUGUAUUUCUCUAUAUAUCAAUGUCCUAUGGGAAGUUCCUGAUUGUUUGGACAUCCAUAUGUAAGAUAUUGUCUCUACCUAGGCUGCACUUACCCUUCCUCCCUGCUCUCACCUGCUCCAUAACAUCUACUAUACUAUACUAUAUACAAAUGGAAAACUCACGAUUUUAAGGGCAGAGCCUGAUAUCUUCAUCUUGAUAUCAUCUUGUUCUCAAACCAACCUAAAAUGUGAAAUAUAGUCAUUUAAUGACACACGGGUGACAAAUUAAAGGAAAAAUUGACACCUGUAAUGUGGGGAUCUGUUGUGCUCUGUAUCACCAUUUUAACUUUGAAGAAGCAUUUCCCGACUGUCCUUUCUUAAGGUCUAGUAUUGGUUUAAAAACAUUGCAGAAAUAAUUUCAGUGUCUGCUGGACGUCCUCCUUGAAGGUCAUCUGAUGUUCAUCCUGCACUUUCUAGUGAGGACAUGUUUUAUAUUCAUUAAAACAAAACUAAAUAACAUUUUCACAUGUGAGAAGAGUCAGAACCUAUUGAAAGAAAUUAUCUGGGAUAAGGGAAGCCUCACAUGUACAACCUGUUGCUCUUAAACCCUUUUUCAAUCCUAAGCCAAGUGAAUCAGACACUGCUGUCAUUGGAUAGUCCAGACAGACGGCUUCACUGUGCAUGAAAUCAGACAGAAUUUACACAUGGAUGAAUAUAAAUGGAUUAGUGUGCUUCAGAAAUUUGCCAGCCUGCUAAUAGUAGUCUAUAUGUGAAGUGUACAUGUGAUGUGGUUGUUACGGUUAUAUUCAAGUCAAUUCAUGAACAAUUCAAUUGAAAUGUGCAUUUGCUAUAAUUAGCACCAAAUUGUGAACAAAUUUCAGUAAGAGAUCUUCUGUAAACAGAGCCACAUCAUAAUCUGCUCAUUUACAGACUUUGUUGUCAUGAUACAGACAGUUUUGACCGUGGAAGUUAUAUCAGUAUUUCAACCAUGUUUUGGGGGUAUUUAUUUACAUAUAACACAGUUAAGAUACAAGGACUCAGCUGGUGCCCUGGAGAAAACAGCAAACAUAAAAUAAGAGUGAAUAAAGCUAAGCUACUGGCAAAAAGAUUAUGGAUACAAAUGCUCUUUUUUUUCACUGGGUGGGCAAAAACUAACUCAUCAGUAAAGCUGCUUUUGUGCCUGUGUUCAUGUGACAAUCUCUACAUUCAGAAAUAGAAAUAAGUGUUCUGUUGUAGAAAUAGAAAAUAAAAAAACAUCAGAGAAAUAAGAUGGACUGCUUCCAUCAAGCCGUAGUCCACCAGAUGAAUACAAAGUAGCGCUGAGUGAUCACUUUUAUGUUUUAUAUCCUAAUGAAUGUGCUCUCUUCCUGCAUGGCAGCACCCUAAUUCAUUGAAUGGCUCAAUCAUUAUUUAAAGCCUACUGUGUUUUAAUGAAGGUGGUAUUCUCCCAGAUGAGGGAAAAAUAUGUUUCAUCUCUCGAGGAGAGUUCCAGCGAUUUUUAGAAUUCAUCCCUUUAAAUAGCACCAGAUAGGCCAAAACUGCAUGUAUAGAUUUUCCUUUAAUUUGUCACUCAUUCACCUUUUAAAUAGUAGAAAAUGAGGAAACAUGAGGUCAGUCAUUUCAGGUCUACACAGUUAAAAACAAAAGAAAACCAAAUGAAUUUAAAAAUAGAUCUGUAGUGGGCAGACACACUUCUGAAUGUUUCUUGUACAGCAUAAAAUUACUCAGAAAUGAAGAUGAGUCAGAUUAUUUCAUCAAGAGAAGAUGCUGAAAAGAGAUUUCUAUUGUUCAAAUAAUGUUAUUAUUGAGAGAGCUGCUGUUAUUUUGACAUGUUUGCGAUGUGAAACACGUGGACGUUACAUGUCAUCCGACUCGUUUCUUUAUUUUUAUUUUUCCCACAGCAAAAAUGUCUGCUCUAUUUAAUAUGAUUGAUGUGACUUAGUGUGAAACGAUGUGUAUUUAAAGUAAAACAAACAGGUAUGUACAUAGUUUUAUGUCAUGUCACUUGUUUCACUAUUUUUGAGACACCCAACAACCCCUUUGCUAUUUUUUGUGUUAUUUUCUAUUGUAAAUAGUACUUUCAUCACAAAGCACUGUACUCUGUGACAGCCUGAAAAUGGUGCCAUAUUACUGAACUUUUAUUCUGUCUUUACCUAACCACGGUAAUGUUACCAAGACAUGGUGUGCUGUAGAUGUUGCAUAUUUGGCCUGUGCCCUUUGAUUUCUUGUUUCAGAAGCAUUUUUUCCUUUAAAAUAAAGAUUUCUGCAAACACACAAA